GUGGCUGACGGCUGCGGGGCAUCUGCCCGCCGGAACCGGGAGCUGUUGGGAAGCGCGCUCUCCGCUUGCAUCGCCUGCUGGGCCCACCAUGAGGCGCCUGGGCUCCGUGCAGCGGAAAAUGCCGUGCGUGUUUGUGACGGAGGUGAAAGAGGAGCCCUCCACCAAAAGGGAGCAUCAGCCAUUUAAAGUUUUGGCAACUGAAACUGUAAGUCACAAGGCAUUAGAUGCAGAUAUAUACAGUGCAAUUCCAACAGAAAAAGUGGAUGGAACAUGUUGUUAUGUUACUGCUUACAAAGGUCAGCCAUACCUUUGGGCUCGACUUGAUAGAAAACCCAACAAGCAAGCUGACAAAAGAUUUAAAAAUUUUCUAAAUUCAAAAGACAAUUCAAAAGAAUUUUUUUGGAAUAUUGAAGAGGAUUUCAAACCUGUUCCAGAGUGCUGGAUACCAGCGAAGGAAAUAGAACAGUUAAAUGGGAAUCCAGUGCCUGAUGAAAAUGGACACAUUCCUGGCUGGGUACCAGUAGAAAAAAACAACAAACAGUAUUGCUGGCAUUCCUCUGUGGUUAAUUAUGAAUUUGAAAUUGCCUUGGUAUUAAAGCAUCACCCUGAUGAUCCUGGACUCUUGGAAAUUAGUGCAGUGCCACUAGCAGAUCUCUUAGAACAAACACUGGAGCUUAUAGGAACAAAUAUCAAUGGAAAUCCAUAUGGGUUAGGAAGCAAGAAGCAUCCAUUACAUCUUCUUAUACCACAUGGAGCAUUUCAAAUAAGAAAUCUUCCUACAUUGAAACACAAUGAUCUGUUGUCCUGGUUUGAAGGAUGCAGAGAGGGUAAAAUUGAAGGAAUAGUAUGGCAUUGCAGUGAUGGCUGUUUAAUUAAGGUCCAUCGCCAUCAUCUUGGUUUAUGCUGGCCAAUUCCAGAUCCAUAUAUGAAUUCAAAACCAGUUGUUAUUAACAUGAAUUUGAACAAAUAUGACUGUGCCUUUGAUGCUAAGUGUUUGUUUAAUCACUUUUCAAAACUAGAUAAUCAAAAAUUUGGUAGGCUUAAAGAUAUAAUACUCGAUGUAUAAAUUGAAAUGCAAUUAAAAUUAGCUUUAUUAUUGUUGUAUUUGAAUCCUAAAUAUUCUGCAAUCUUCAAGAAGGUAAAUAUCAUGAAACAUCAGUAUGUCUCCUAAUAUUUGAAGAAAAGAAUUUUCCAGAUGGAAAUACUUAUUCAAAAUUUUAUUUGGCAUCAAUAAAUUUUAACCCUGGACAAAAAAAUAUAAAUAACAGUAAACUCCCAAGCCUGUACAAAGAAUAAAUUCUGUCCACUGUAGCUGGGUGAUAAUUUAAGAAGAAAACUAACAGGAUUUGAGAAUCUUUACAUAUAUAUAUUUAUAUUUAAGUAUAUAUAAAACCCCAGUUUUGAAUGUUAAAAUUAUUCAUCUUCAUACUCUUUAAAAAACUUAAUCGAAACAUUAUGAACAUAGAGAAACUAUUUUACCAUAGCUUAUUUUCUACUUGAAAUAACAAAGUGUUCAAAAUAUACUUUUAUAAUAAGUUAAAAAUUCCAUAGAAUUUUAUUUAUUAAAAAUUCUAUUUUACCUUUGUAAAGGUACAGUAUAGAGAGGAGGAAGUAUUUCAGUUGAGAUUUGCUUAAUUUCCAGAAUUUUAACUUGUAAAGUUAAUAAAUAAAACUAUAGUUACUGAUGGCCCUUAAUAAAUAGGGAAAUUAUCAGGACUUCCAUCUUCACUUUCAAACUGUUCAGAACAAGUAACAGGGCUAGUUAAUUCAACACCAAAUUGCUCAGAAAGUUUUUUUAACUUUUCUUCUAAGAGAAUAUUUUUUUUCACUUCUUCCUUGUAAUUAUACUUUAGAUCUUCAAUUUCUUCAAAAAAUGAAGGAUCAAAAUUUUCCAGUUCUUUCUUCAGCUUUUUUAUUUCCUCCUAAUAGAAACAUAUUAUCUUUAACAGUCAUAUACAUGAAUAGAGUUUUUGGUUUGAACUAAAUACAUUUAAUUACAAACAUGAAAGCCAAUGUAACCUGAAUAGUCAAUUAUAGUUAUGUAGGCAGAGGUAUUUUCUUAAGAUUGUUAAUAAGGUUUCACUGUACAAUAUAAAUAAAAUAACUUAUUAACUGUCAAAUGAUCUAUAAGUUACGCUAGUCUUUGACCAACAAUUUUUCAGCUUUUAGAUUAUGGUGGUAUUUAAUCUUUCACAUUACUUUGCUACUGAAUGAGGAGAUGAAAAAACUAAACAUUCACAACGUGGAUAUUGUUCUGGUUGAGAGUUUUUAGUUUAGGUUUCAUUUGUAUUUCCUUUAAAGUAUCAAAUUUUUAAUGAGUAUCGAUGAACUGUUUGUAAAUAUAUUUAUGAUCAGGGAAAUCCUGGGACUUCUGAUUGGCCAAGUUAGGCAUCUGGUGAAGACAGAUAAUUGGAGCUUUAAUCAUUAUUUAGAAUACCCAGUCAUUACUUGCCUUUCUAUUACCAUAUCCAUAUUGUUUUGUUCACUUACAUUGCCCUAAAAGGUAUAAAACAUAGUAAAAUUUUUCAAGGAAACUAUUACCUUAAGAGAAGAUACCUAAGAAGGAAGUUGAAGACACUGUUCCCAAAACUUAAAUUAAGAAAGUACAAGGUAUAUUUGCUACAAUUAAAAAAUAUACUCUUCAA